UGCGCUGGGUGCAGCACACGCAGGAGGAAGCGCCGUUUCCGGCUCUGAGCGACUGCUGACACCGCCGAACCCUGACUGAAAACCGGCUGUGAUUGAGAUCUAGCCGGGUGAAAUCAUCCGCUUCUAUCCGGCGGGACGUCAGACGGGUUUCCGGCCAAGCGUUCGGUUGGAAAGAGGCGUGAAGUUGCAGCGAAGCCGCGGGCUUUGAGCCACCGACCAGCGGCAUGGCGCGGGACUACGAUCACCUCUUCAAACUGCUGAUCAUCGGUGACAGCGGUGUUGGGAAGAGCAGUCUACUCCUGCGCUUUGCAGAUAACACUUUUUCAGGUAGUUACAUUACUACUAUAGGAGUGGAUUUUAAGAUCCGGACAGUGGAAAUUAAUGGAGAGAAGGUGAAACUGCAGAUCUGGGACACGGCAGGACAGGAGCGAUUCAGAACAAUCACGUCUACAUAUUACAGAGGAACCCACGGGGUAAUAGUAGUGUAUGAUGUCACCAGUGCUGAAUCCUUUGUCAACGUCAAACGAUGGCUGCACGAAAUCAACCAGAACUGCGACGACGUAUGUCGAAUAUUAGUGGGCAAUAAAAAUGACGAUCCGAACUCAAAGGUGGUAGAGACGAACGACGCGCAGAAGUUUGCUGAGCAGAUGGGCAUCAGUCUGUUCGAGACGAGCGCAAAAGAAAAUGUCAACGUGGAAGAGAUGUUUAACUGCAUCACAGAGCUGGUGCUCCGGGCAAAGAAAGAGUCUGUGGCCAAACAACAGCAACAACAACAAAACGAUGUGAUUAAACUCAACAAGAAUAGCAAAAGAAAGAAAAAAUGCUGCUAGUGGAUCUACAACGGCUCGUGUGCACGACAGUCUUCACAUGCAAACGGACUCUUGAGCGUCAGAAAGACCACAGAAUGAUUUCACAUAAACACAGUGUGGACACAAAGGAGUACAAGUCCUUUUUGGAUCCAUACAAAUCACAAAGACUUUAAAAAAAAUAAACUGUACAGAUUUUAUUAGAGUUGAGGAGUUUUAUGUGGAAUUCGUGAUAUUUAAUAAAAAGAUCGUCCUUCUUUGUCGAAGGACCUGCAAGCUGA